AUGGGGCCUCCGGAUCGUUCAAGAUCAACAAGAAGCAGCCCGACGGCGCCAAGGCGAAGCCCAAGAAACUGGCUGCUAAGAAGGCCAAGAGCCCCAAGAAGGCCGCCAAGUCCCCCAAGAAGAAGGCGGCCAGCAAAGCCCCCACCGCAGCCAAGAGCCCCAAGAAGCCGGCCGCCAAGAGACCGGCAAAGGCUGCCGCCAAGAAGGUGA